ACACACACACACACAACCAAACGCAUGCGCAUGCACCAACAAGAAUUUAGUUCAUCUUCUUGUUGAUUGGAUGAAGAAACUGCGUGCUAUUUUGUCAAUUUGCAUGCUCAUCCUUUUCAUUAUUUUUCGGAUUUUUAUCAGCCAAAAUGCCUCUGAUGAUCAUCGCUAUAAACAAGGAGAUCAUGUCCCUCUUUAUGCUAAUAAGAUUGGCCCUUUCCACAAUCCCAGUGAAUCCUACAGAUAUUAUGAUCUGCCAUUUUGUACACCAGAUCAUGUGAAAUUGGAAGAGACGAAGGAAACUCUAGGUGAAGUCUUAAAUGGGGAUCGGCUUGUGAGUGGUCCUUAUGCACUCGAUUUCUUGGUAGAUAAAGACUCGGAAGUUCUUUGUCGAAAGAAACUAACAAAGGAAGAAGUUGCUCAGUUUCGAAGAGCAGUUGAUAAAGACUAUUACUUCGAAAUGUAUUAUGAUGAAUUGCCCAUAUGGGGUCUUAUUGGGAGAGUUGAGAAUAGGGAAGAAACAGAGGAUCCAAAAUAUUACAAGUACUUUCUAUACAAACACUUACAUUUCGAUAUCUGUUAUAAUAAGGACCGUGUUAUUGAGAUCACUGCACAAAUGGAUUCACAUUCCGUUUUGGACCUGACAGAAGAUAAGGAAGUCGAUGCUGAGUUUACAUACACUGUGAAAUGGAAGGUAACAAAUAUUCUAUUUGAGAAUCGGAUGGAUAAGUUCAUGCAGACUUCUCUACCGCAUACCUUGGAGAUCCACUGGUUCUCGAUCAUAAAUUCUUGUGUCACAGUCCUCCUUUUAACUGGUUUUCUUGCCAUGAUCCUUAUGCGAGUCCUUAAGAAUGAUUUUAUCAAGUAUACACAUGACGAAGAAGCAGUUAAUGAUCAUGAGGAGACAGGAUGGAAGUACAUACACGGUGAUGUCUUUAGGUUCCCAAAACACAAGUCAUUGUUCUCUGCAGCACUCGGUUGUGGCACUCAGCUCUUUACACUGACAAUUUUUAUAUUCCUGAUGGCACUCGUAGGGGUGUUUUAUCCCUAUAAUAGAGGAGCUCUAUUCACUGCCCUGCUGGUUAUAUAUGCACUCACUUCGGGCGUUGCCGGUUAUACAGCAACAUCUUUCUAUUGCCAGCUUGAAGGAACUAAUUGGGUGAAGAAUUUGGUCAGGACCGGGAGCCUCUUCUGUGGGCCCCUAGCGCUAACGUUCUGCUUCCUCAAUUCUGUUGCAGUUACUUAUAGUUCUACUGCUGCUCUACCGUUCAGCACAAUUAUCUUAAUAGUACUUAUGUGGACAUUAGUGACAUCGCCACUGCUCUUAUUAGGCGGAAUUGCUGGAAAAAAUAGCAGAACUGGUUUCCAAGCUCCAUGCCGAACCACAAAGUAUCCGAGAGAAAUCCCAGUACUCCCUUGGCAUCGUAGUACCGUCCCUCAGAUGGCAAUGGCGGGGUUUUUACCAUUUAGUGCCAUCUACGUCGAGCUCUAUUACAUAUUUGAAAGUGUAUGGGGUCAAAAAAUCUACACCAUUUACAGCAUAUUGUUUAUAGUUUUCAUUCUUCUCUUGAUAGUAACCGCCUUCGUCACUGUUGCAUCGACUUAUUUCCAACUCGCUGCAGAAGAUCAUAGAUGGUGGUCGAGGUCAUUUCUCUGUGGUGGUUCAACGGGUAUAUUUAUCUAUAGCUACUGCUUGUACUACUACUAUGCGAGAUCGGACAUGUCUGGAUUCAUGCAAACCUCGUUUUUCUUCGGAUACAUGGCUUGCGUCUGCUAUGGUUUCUUCCUCAUGCUCGGGACUGUUGGUUUCCGUGCAUCAUUGCUCUUUGUUCGACACAUUUAUCGAUCUAUCAAGUGUGAGUAAAAUAGCAUUGUAGACUAAAGUAAAGUUUGUAUAUUUGUGUACUCUAACUUUGUCAUAUAAAUAUACCUUAAGCUUUUUGUAAAAGAUAGGUUAAAAGAGAGGACUAUUUAAGCAGGAAGUUCCACAAGUUCUAGUAUAUGGGAAAUCAAAGCUUGAUUUUUGGACCAAAGUUUUGUGAAUUUGUCUACACACAUUUUGUUCACAACUUCGCAGUGGCGCAGUCAGGAAGUUAUACAAGGGGAUUCAAAAGAAAA